CUGCGCAGUCUGCUCGACACCGGGGAAGAGAGAGGAGCCGGGCUGCGGUUAACACAGUAAAACAAAGCCUUUACAAUGGCGUUAUUGUGGAGCCUCGGCGCUCUGUUGGCGUCUUUGUGCGCCGCCACUGCCAUGACGGAUCCUGUUAUUGUAACAAUGCCAAGUGAGGUUGUGAAUGUCAAUGAAACAACUGUCCAGCUGUCCUGCAACCUGACAAACCCAACCUCUGCUGUUGCUGGAAGUCACUGGGAGAAAGACGGGAAGAAGAUUGAUAGUUCUGUGGACACCAAGCCAAAUACCUUCAUAGAAUACACGAUAAAGAAGGCAGACCUCCAAACUGGUGGAGUGUAUCACUGUGUGUUUCUCACCUCUCCACAAGUGAAUUCUUCAAUCGAAGUAAAAGUUCUUCCUCAUGUGAAAGCUUAUAAGCACUCUGAGCAAGGCAAUGAAAAUGACAAGGGGGUACUGACCUGCACAUGCCACAGUUACCCUUUACCCACUGACUGGCAGUGGUUCAAGGUUAUUGGGGAUAAGAAAACGCUCCUUGCUAAUGGAACUGAGAGAUAUGAAGUGAAGAGCACCCCUGAGAAGUCGAUCUUGUCUAUAAGCGAGCUAGAUAUAGAGAAGGACGCGGGGGACUACGAGUGUUUGGCCACCAAUGAAGUUGGCAGCGGCUCUGACAAGAUCCAGCUGCGCGUGCGCAGCCGCCUGGCAGCCCUGUGGCCCUUCCUGGGCAUCGUGGCGGAGGUCAUCAUCCUAGUCACUGUCAUCUUCAUCUAUGAGAAGAGGAGAAAGCCCGAUGACAUCGCCGACGAUGAUGACUCAGGAGCCGCCCCUCUAAAGAGCAAUGCAGCAGCUAACCAUAAGGACCAAAAUGUCAGGCAGAGAAAUUGCAACUGAAAACUGGGUGAAGAUGCCCUCAAGACUACUAUGGCAGAGAUCUUUCAAGCAGUUACUUUCCAGUGUAUCCUGCGAUUCAGUGAAGUAGUCCUUGCUGGUGGAUUUCUGUUUCUUUUUUUAUGUAUAUAUUUUGUCUGCCAGUGCUUUUUUUCUUCCCCCGCUACCUUGCACUGACAGGGAACAUAGGGUUAAUUUAACAAGCGGGCUUGUCUGUCUGCAUGAUUUUUAUAGGCUGUGGUGGUGGUGAAACUUUUCUAAUGUGUGAAAUGUGUAGUGUGUUUCUUUUUUUGUUUUGUUUUUUUUUUAAACCUGGCAAUGCCUGAAAUAAGGAUGGCUAUUUAAUGAUAAUGUAAUGAUUUGACUUGCUGUUAAAUUUUUGUAAAUAUUCAUACAAACGGAUAGGAUUUUCCAAGUUGUAAUGGUUUUGUAUGUGCAUUGGUAAUGCAGCUUCCGCUGCAAAUUGCUUGCUUUUCCUACAACCUUUAAUAUUUUCCAAUACAAAAUUAAAUAGGAUGCAUUGCAUAACCUUGAUAUACAUGCUUGCAUUUUGUAAGAUGUUAUGCUUUUUAUUGGCAGGUUGUAUGUAUAAAUGGGUUACUAUUGCAGUGGAUUUAAUUUAAAUAUCCUAUUUCUACCAGUCCCUGUAAGUGGGCCAUAUACAGAGGUAGCUUCUGGCUUACCCCUUUCUGUCCUUUUUAUAGUUCAGUCAGAUUAAACGUUUGGGGUGAGUUGCUAUUGCCAGAAUGCCCUUUAUGCUUUUUUUUUAAUUUAUUUUUUAAAUAGUCGCUAUAUGUGCCAUUUAAUAUUGUAACAAGCUCCAAGGUGUAGGAUUUGAUUGACAUUAAAUACAUGUUUUAAAUAGUGUGCGUAAACAAGUUAUAAAUUUGCCUGAAUUGACACAAGCUAACCGUGAAACCACCUUGUCUCCUCUUAACAACUUGCACAAAAUUUAAUAAACUUCCUUGAUUUUA